AUGACCACCAGCACCACCACGAGCAGCCACCGACAUGACCAUCCAUCGGUCGCGACUGCGAGCGCCAGCACCGCGGAGCGCGAGUCGAAGUUGAACGAGAGAGAAAUCAGAGAGAGAGAGACUGAGAAGAGAGAGACUGAGAAGAGAUAUUUCACGAUUCGGCACGACCUCUGGCCGCUGCUUAGGCGCGACGUCGCUCGUAAAUCUGUCGAAUGUCGAGCCGGUGAUUGGCUUUGUGCGCUCGUGAAGUUUCGCCUUCUAACGCUGUCCCCCUCCGAUAUCAACACUCCUCCUCCUCCUCCUCCUCCCUAUCAUCGCCUCAUCUUCCACCCAAACCUCUUGUCCACUUCCGCUCUCCCCCCCCUCUUCCCUCCCUCUCCCCCCCAUGUUUUCCCUUCUCCCUCCACGUCUCUCCAUCACCACCACCACCGCCAACACCAAACGUCACGACGCCCGCCCGCAGUCAACCCCAACUACAUCGGCGGGGAGUCGAAGCGCUCCCGCACGGCCUACACGCGCCAGCAGGUGCUCGAGCUCGAGAAGGAGUUCCACUUCAACCGCUACCUCACUCGGAGACGGCGGAUCGAGAUCGCGCACUCGCUCUGCCUGAGCGAGCGCCAGAUCAAGAUCUGGUUCCAGAACCGGCGCAUGAAGUGGAAGAAGGACCACAAGCUGCCCAACACCAAGAUCCGCUCCUCGGGUCCCGGCGGGGCUGUGCAGGCGAACGGUGGAGCGGCGGUGGUGAUGACUGCAGGUGGUGGAGGUGGUGGAGGUGGUGGUGGUGGUGGCAGCAACAGCAAUGGUAGCAGCAGCAGCAGCGGCGGCGGCAGCAGCAGCAGUGGGAAGGCUCACUGCGUGCCCUCGGCUCCCACGGGUGGAGUGCUCGCCCGGGCGUUAUGAGGCACAAUGAGACGUACGGUCGGACUGGAGCGCACGUAUAUAUAUAUAUACGACUACACACGCACACACAAGUACACACACACGUACACGGACACACACAAGUACACGGACACACGCACACACAAGUACACACGUAAUUAUACACACACAAGUACACGGACACACGCACACACAAGUACACACGUAAGUACACACACACGUACACGGACACACGCACACACAAGUACACACGUAAGUACACACACACAAGUACACGGACACACACGCAAGUACACACACACAAGUACACGGACACACACAAGUACACGGACACACGCACACACAAGUACACACGUAAGUACACACAAAUACAAAUACACACACAAGUACACGGACACACACGCACACAAUUACACACGCAAGUACACACACACACAAGUACACGGACACACACAAGUACACGGACACACGCACACACAAGUACACACGUAAGUACACACAAAUACAAAUACACACACAAGUACACGGACACACACGCACACAAUUACACACGCAAGUACACACACACAAGUACACGGACACACACGUACACGGACACACGCACACACAAGUACACACGUAAGUACACACAAACACAAAUACACAAGUACACGGACACACACACACAAUUACACGUGUACACAGGUACGCCAACACACACAGUACACGCGCACACGUGGCACUCGUAUACGGCACACAAAACCAAACGUAGGCACGAGUUUAAACCGAUCGUAUACUCCGACACAUUCCCAAACACACACGCAGAAAUGUGUACACAUCCAUUCGUGUAUGAACUCAUACACACGUUUAAUCAUGCAAACUAGUGUACACUCCUGUACAUAAACACAUAGACGCGAAUUAAUAUGUUGUAUACAAUGCAUACGUACACAUAUGCGCGUGUACAAAGACACACAAGACAAAGAUCCCCCGUAUAGCCUUAACAGACUUUAGGGGCAAGUGCUGUUAGCGAGCACCUAUGAAGGCCAGCACGGCACACAAGGGGGUGGGUGGCCAAUACCACGCCCGACCGCCUUUGUCUCCCCUAGUGGAAAUGUUUACACACCGCACCAGGUACUGUACUCAUUUGAGGCUGAGUCGACCUAGGGGAGGCCCGGGACCGGUUCAGAUAAAUCGUCACUAGUGUUGGCCGUGAGCGGGAAUCGAACUCGGGUGGCCAGGUUUCGUAGCGCAGCGCGCUAACCGCUACACCACCGCUCCCUCAACAAAGACACACGAACGCACACACACGCACUCAUCCAUACGCAUUUACAGACGGGCACACGCACACUUCCCAUACGCACACAUAUCCACAUAUAUAUACACACGCUCGCACACGCACGCAGACAAAGAUCCCCCGUGUAGCCUUAGCAUACUUUGGAGGAAAGUGCUGUUUAGCGAGCACCUAUGAAGGCCUGCACGUCACACGAUCCACACUUGCGCGUGCACACACACAGCGGUCUCAACGUACACUUCACGCACGCACGCAAAUCCACGUAUACACGCACGCGCAAACAUACAUUCACACACACACUCAUACAUACACAAACUCAUACAUACACACACAUACAUACACACACACUCAUACACACACACUCAUACAUACACGCACGCGCAUACAUACACACACACACUCAUACAUACACGCAUACAUACACACACACUCAUACAUACACACACACUUACACAUACACACACACUCACACAUACACACACACACUCAAACAUACAUACACACUCAUACAUACACACACACUCACUCAUACAUAGACACACACACGCAUACAUACACACACACAC